UUAUCUCUCUCUUUCUUUUCUUCCCAAAAUCUCUUCUUUAAAAUCCAGAUAUCCGUCGCCAACCGAUUUCCCCUUACAUUUCCGUUCGCCUGCAGGUCAUUAGUGCCGGGAUCUCUCUCUCUUCUCUCCAUUGUUUCAUAUCUUUUGGUCUCCAACCAAGCCCGAGCUGAUAACCUGAUCAUAGCUUCAUGUUUGCCUGACUGUCAGAAAGAUAUGUUAACUUUUUCGUCGCUACUGUUAAAGGGAGUGGAAGAAACAAGCAAGGUCCUGGCGAAGGUGCUCGACGUGGUUCUCUGCCUUUGCAGGGUCAGCCAAGGAGGAAAGGUAAUUUCCAUUGGAAGAAAGAUGAUGGCAAAGAUAAAGGGAUCUGUUUCAAGCCUCAUUUUAUACUUUUAUGAAAGCAAGACCCAUGAAUUUGCUCCGGAAGCUGAUGUGUCCAACACAAAACCAAUUACAAACCAGGCGGAAGGCAGAGGAUGGUUCUAUCCGUUCAAAGUUUGCCUUAUGCUGCUUCUGGUGCUUACAAAUGGGACAAGAGGUGUUGGAGGUGAAGAUAUUGGUAGCCCACUAAUCCCUGGGAACACAGCAAUGAAUUCUCUUCUAGUAAAAAAAAAUCUGAGAGGCCAUAAUCGAGAGAUGUUGGGCACAGAAGCUGCUGCAACGGAUGAUAGUAUCAACUACAAGGCUUUUCAACAUGGUUACUCUCCACCAAACAACCCAGUGGGCAAGCAAGCCAAUCCUCAUCAGAGACCUUGUAACCCUGGUGAAUAUUGUCGACAAGGUAAAAAGGAAAAGAAGAACUAGCCACACAAAGUACUAUAUCUGAUAUAAAGACAUAUUAAGGUUAUGUUUGAUGCAUAGGAUGAUAAUCAUCUUAUACUAUGAAUGAUUUGAAUCUAAAAAAAGGGAUAGAAUUGUAAGGAGGAUUAAUCAUCCUCUGGGCAUAGGAUGAUUCAAUCUUUUCAAAAUAGAGAGGAUUAUUUUUAAUCUAUGAAAUUAAAUUUACAUUUCUUAUUA